CGAUGAAGCCUCCGAUGCGUUUACUCGUGCUCGUGGCGCUGCAUCUAGUCCCGACAUGGUGCCGCCGCGGUCACCGUCCAAUCGUACAACCUGAUGGCAACAACGGUGGUUGCAUGUUGGCUUUUGGAAUCGACGGGCUGCAGAUGCCAUGUCAAGUCGCUGACUUUGGAGGUUUUGUGAGGCCAAGUGUAUCCCAACCAGUGCGGGUGGUUCUUGCAGACCCACUCCACGCAUGCCCAAGCUCGUCCUCCAACGUCGUGCCAUCUAUAAAUGCGGAUGAUGAACCUACGGAUGUGUUGGUCGUCGUGGUGCGAGGCGAUUGCUCCUUUGUCGACAAGAUGGAAUACGUCGAGCGAUGGGGUGGCAGGUACAUGGUGCUCGUCAACAGCGACAAUACCUUUCUUCGCAUGCAGACGCCGCAAUGGGUCGAGUCGGGGACAGUCGCGGUGGCCGUCCGCCAGAACGAUGGCGUUCGCCUGAUAGACUUGGCGCGCAACUCCACGACACUUUCGUUUCUGUCUCCAUUAUUCACCAUCACCCUUCAGCCCAAUGUUCUUCAGUGCCUGCACCGAAUCGAGGCGCUACUUGCCAUCAACGCCCCACGAACGGCUGUCGACACAUUUGCCCUCUGCGCCCCCCACGCAACCAUCACGUCAGUAGUAUCGAAGUUCCCGCCCCGUUUGGACCAAACACCUUCCCCCAAUGAAGAGUAUGCUGGGUUUUAUAACCAAGUGGCAUCCCUCUUUCGGCAGUCGCCGUUCCACAGCACCGACUUCGUGCGUCACGUUCUGCUCGAGUCGUCGUACUUUGCAGUGUACUACGCCGCCUCGGCAACAGCCUUACAGUAUCACAACCUCGGCACGGCUAGCCUCCUAACAGGGCACUUUCACAUGGCCGCAUCCAACUUCGUCCUUACAAGUACUGCCAACUCUGUCACAACGUGCGACGCAGCCCUGGCGUUUUUUCUCGCAGGGGACUACAUCCCAGCGCACAAAUGGUAUUCCCAAUGCAAUAUAGGUUUGCUCCCUCUUUUGUCAACACAGCGAUUGAAUAUGCUCACGUACUGCUCUUCAGCGGCUUCAUCUACCCAUUCGUACGACGUUCCUGCCGCGAGUUUGCGGUCAUUGUUUGCGUCGCCGCUAACUCCUUCGGACGUCGCAUGUCUUGUCGCUGCGACCACAGCAGACACUCAACCCUCCAACGCCACAUGCUGCAGCCCCCGCUGGGAUGUCCACAUGGGCGUAACUUUGCACUUUGACUCUGUGUUUGUCCAGAACUUGUACGAGACAAUUACUCUGAUGGGGGUGUUCCUGGACGAGCUCGGGGCGUUCCACGAGUCGCUUGUACAUUUCGGCCACGGCUUGCGCUUGUGCGGCAAGGCGUCGGGGCUGCAUAUUCGAAUGGCCACCAGUGUGCCCAUCGUGUUCGACUCGAAAGUCGACAUGGACACGUUCAUACUCGACUUUCCCCGCCGCGUUCUGAGCCUGGACAUGCUAGGCGUGAGCCAUGACGUGGCACGCUAUAAUCGCCCCGAGUUCGCUGGCCACUUGCAAUGGACCAUCACACCGCCCACCAUGUUUGUGGGGUACCAGGGCGUGGACGUCGCGCCCCUUCAGGCGGCGGUCGCGACGAUGUACGACCGGCUGUACCCGGUCCUCAGCCGCCCCCUCGACAGUCUACCCCCUCCGCCGCUUCAAAUCCCCAACAAAACCACAGUCGGGUUCGUCUCGUCCUGGUUCCGCACGCAUUCCGUGGGCAAGUUGAUUCAACGGGUGAUCGAAUCCCUCGAUCGGGACCGUUUUGAAGUCGUGGUGUUUGCCGCCAGCCACUUUUUCCCACUGAAAGGGGACGAUGAUCCAAUCACGACCGCCAUUGAGCGAGCCGCCAACCGGUUCGUCCAGCUGCCGUCGGAUCAGGAGAUGGCGAUGCAUGUCCUCUUGAGGGAGGACCUGGACGUGCUCGUGUACCCCGAGGUUGGCAUGGACGCGUGGGUGUACUUCUUGGCAGGUCGGAGGCUGGCACGUGUGCAGUGUAUGUUCUGGGGCCACCCCAUCACGACAGGACUCUCGACCAUCGAUUACUUUAUAGCGUCCGAGUACUUUUUUUCCGACUUCUACGACGCUGGCGGUCAACCCAACCCCCACAGCGACUACCACAUGUACGGCGGGGCGUCGUACUCGGAGCAGCUCGUGCUCUUCGCGGACCUGUCGACGUACUUUCCCCCCCCCGCCGCCGCCGUCCCCCCCGACCCCUCGUCGUCCGUGCGAGCGAUGCUGCAUCUCCCCCCCUCCCCCAGUCGCAUCUACCUCUGUCCCCAGACACUCAUGAAACUGCAUGUGGACUUUGACGCUGCCAUCCUCGGCAUCCUGGAUCGUGAUCCAGGCGGGACGAUCGUCUUGCUGUACUCGAAUAAGCAAGUGUUGUGGAAAGACCAAGUCCACAGGAGGCUCCGACAGUCGACGUUGGGCCGUCGAGUGGUGUUUAUCGAGACGAUGCCGUACGCCAUGUUCAUGCAGCUGCUCGCGGCGGUCGAUGUGAUGGUGGACCCGUUUCCGUUUGGAGGGGGCGUCACCACCCUCGACGCCCUCGCCGUCGGCCUGCCGGUGAUCACGCUGCCGUCGCGCCAGACGGUGCUCCAACUGGCCGCGGGGUUCUACCGGUACAUGUCCGUGUCGGACAGUCUCGUGGCGGCCAGCGUGGACGAGUUCGUGACGUUUGCAGUCGCCAUGGCCACCAACGCGACGCUCAAGGGGGCGACGCAGGCAGCCAUCCGACACCGCUACCACGUCCUCUUCCACGACGACAACUCUAGCAAAACCCACACUGAAUGGAACACGUUUCUAGCCAACAUCACAUGA